UCGACAGAAAUGUGCUUGUUACUUUCUAAGAACGUUUUGCAUGCUCUUUACUCACUUAUCUGAUUGAUGUCUGUUCUUGUAUCAGACAGAAAAUAUUUUUUUACUUCCAUACUAAUAGGAUGAAUGAGAACAUUUAAAAAGAAUAUUAAAAGCUUUAGGUUUUAAAGAGAUGGAUAUAAGAUUUAUUUUGAUACUUCUAUGCUUUGGUUUUAUAAAAUGCUAUGCUUCUUAUACAGAUGCAAUACUACACAAAAAGAAUAGAUGCGAAUUUUAUUUUAAAGAUGGGAAUUUUGAAGAAUUUAGUGUAUAUUUAAGAAGAAAUUUUACAAAAACAUUGAACGGAUGUUUGAAUUUGUUACCCAAUUCCCACUGUCUUCGUUAUGUUUCAGAACUAUAACUUACCAGCAUUUCCAGAUGGUUCGUUUACAAAUUUGAAAAAUCUAGAUAAAUUUCACCUGAAGAUUGUAGACGGCUCGAAGAUUCAAUUGCUUUCAGCCCAAAUCCCUGGAUAUUCAGUAUUUGAAAAUUUAACAGCUAAAUCCAUAAUUUUCGAUAUAAUUGAUGUGCCAAUUUUAGUUGGAUGGAAAUGGAAUGUACUGGAGAACUUAAAUCCUAGUGGUCAAGAGGGAAUGCAGUUCAAUGCAGUCCGUUCGAAACUUUUAUAUCUGCAUUCUGAUUUUCGCAAAAUAGCGAAAAAUAACGUAAUCGCAAUUCGAAUUUUAAAAUGCCAACUUAAGUGGAUUGGUGAAGGUGCUUUUGCUACAUUUUCUAGUCUCAGAAUAUUGGAACUGCGAGACAAUUUAAUUGAAUCUAUUGAUAGGUCCCACUUGCCCGUAAAUGCUGCUUAUUUGCGCGUUUUGGAUCUUGGCAAAAACCGAUUAGCUCAUAUUUCUGAGGAUCUUUUUCAAGGAUUACCUAUUGCUCAUGUGUACCUAGACGGCAAUAACAUUCUGGCAAUCGAAAUUGAAAAACUUCGGAAAUUGAAUAAAAUAUCAGUGUCUAUCAUAAUGAAUGAGCCGAAUCUAACUAUGAAAAAUAUAACGGAUCAGGAAUCGGAAGUAGCUCCAAGUAGAGAUGUUGACUGAAUAUUGAGAAAGAAAAGUUCAAGAUACAAAUUACAGGAGCUCAGAAGAUAGGAAGGAAGUAAAUUUCAACUUGGCACUAACCUCUUCGCUCCCAGUGCAUGACAUGACAUGUGUCAAUUUCCCUUUGUGGGCCCACCACAUACUGUUUGAUAUUCUGAAAUCGAAUGCUUUAUUCCAAACCUUUAAAUAGGCAUAAAUUAUGUCAGAAUGCUGCUUAACUUUAUUGAAGGAAUCGCCUGAGGAUCAGCCUUGUUGUGAUGAAUAUUAUAUAUCAUUUUGUUCUAUGAAUGUUAAAUGUGCGAUGCUUGCAAUGCUCAUUCAGAAUUUAGAAAUGUUUCAUGCAUAGCAAAUGGCUUAAAAUUUUGUCUGUAAAUAUGUUAGCAAUAUAAUAGGCACUGUUAUAGAUUUUUACUUCAUUAUUGUAAGGAAAUAAUUUAAAUAUGCAAAUACAAUCAUUAUUACUAUAUAUUGCACAUCAAUGUAUUAUAAAUUUUUUGAUUUUUUGUUUAUAUUAUACAAAAUAAAAUUUAAACAAUGUAAGCAAAUGUUUCAAUAAUAAAAAAUAAAAUAAAAAAAAAAAAAAAGAUUUUAUAGGAAUUGCUUUUAUAUAUUAUGCUUACUCACAAAGCACACUCGGGUACAUGGACAUUCAGCUCGCCAAGGUCAUAAGCAAAUAUGGGAACAUUUUCUCGAUACUGGGAGUGAAGAAUCAUGUUGCAUUAAGUUUAUUUACUUGACUAAAAAAAAAGUGUUAGAAAAAUUAGGCAACCAUAAUGCUUUCUAAAAUAAUGUUUCUUUGAAAAUUGAAAUAGAAAUUAUGAAUCAAUUAUGGAAUGGAAAUUAUGAAUCAAUUUACAGCAAAUGAUUGAAAUUCUGAGACCGUGGAAAAUAAGAACAUUGAUUUUUUUAAAAUCAGAGCUGGUUUACACACAUUUUAUUAAAAUUUUUUCUAAGAAGUUUUCAUUCUUCAUUGCAAUAAGGAAUUUUCUGUAUCACUAUAUAUAGAUAUAUUACUUUUUAAAGAUUUUUCUUAUCAAAUACUAGUUAAGAUAUAUUUUUAAUAAAAAUGAAAUAAAAAAGUCACCCGAUCUUUAUAUGUUCUAUUUUCAGCUUCCACAAAAAGUUUCUGAGGGAUAAACUGUGGUUAAUUUUAGUUGCACUUACAUAUAUAUAUAUAUAUAUAGGGCAGCUUGCACUUAUAUAUAUAUAUAACAAUGAGGAAAGUAUCUCAACUAGUGCUCACUACACUUUUUCUUUGUGAUUUAUUUUCUUUUUUACAUAGCACAAAGUUUUUGCACCAGAACAUCUAUCUGAAGUACAUAAUCUAAUAAAUCUCAAGCCUCUGAUUAGUAAAUUAAAAAUAUUUUUAAAAAUUUAAAUAAUUAUGAAAUUACAAAAACAAAUUAAAUAUCAGUCAAGUUGAACAAAUCUUAACUGCAAGCUAAUAUUAAUAGUACUAUAACAAUCUCAGGUGCCGAUCAAAUAUGUUUGCACCAAGAAACAGUUCAUAUCCAAAACUACCACAUGGGUGCACUUCUGAUAUAAUAGUAAAAUGUUCAACUACAGUGAAACAGACCCAUGAUUCAUCCUCAAGAUCAUUUCCCAUCUUCAUGGGGAACUAUAGUGCCAUGCUUCCUAUGUGUGCUAAUACGGUGACGUGGGCAAGUUGCUAAGUGAGCAAAAUGCCUCACCACCACAAAAGAUGACCUCAGAUAUGACAAGAACAGAACCCCUGCCUACCUGGGAGCAAAUGACAAAAAUGUCACACACCCAAAGGUGCAACAAUAGGCCCAAUUAGGCAUGUCCACACUGAGGCUAUGGCUGACUAAUAUGGCCACUGAAGCUAUCACUAUGACCUGUCACAUUCUCUCAUAACGCAUUCAAAAUGCUUAGUGGUGGGAAGGUAUGUAGUCAUCUCGAGGGCCAAUCCGAUGAUACCACCACUAAACAGCUUAAGUAUUUGAAACUAUUGUAUGAGUGCACUUUCGCAGUAGUGGUUAAGGUAUUUAACUAUAACAAAUCAGACACACGAUUGAACCCCAAGAUAAUUUACCAUUCUCAAGGACAUGUACAGGUUGAAGCAAGGCUGUCAACUGCACGUUCCCAAAGGUACAUUGGGUACUGCUUGUUAACUUUUUAGCUUUAUCCCAAUUUUGAUAGAGAACAUCCAAAGGGAGAAGGGUAUCCAAAGAUCUCCAAUCACUAAUGAUACUAAACAGAACUUUCAGCUCAGUGUGAAUUCUGAGUACCACCUUGCCACAAAAGCACUAUUACAUUUAUGAACAAACGCACCUGCCUCAGGAUUCAAAUGUCCGCCCAUUGAUAUAGCAGUCAACCUCAUUCAUUAAUCACGGCACCAACUGGGUAGCCAUUCUCAAUAACAUGGGGAAUUCAUUGCACAGCACUUCCCAUCUGUUGUGAUAGAUGGUAACAUAAGCAAACAGCCAAAUCCAAGGACUACCAGUAAGCAUAUUGCCUGGGACUGCCACAGUACAUAUUAGAUGAAAGUUUUUUAGUAGAAUAAAAAAAUAUCACUAAUUGUCACAUACAUAUUUAUAAAAUAUCUCUAAAUAAAAACUUAGAGAUUGAGGUUUCUUAUUUCAAAUUAUUUCAUUUUUUUAAAUUCAGAUAACUAUGUUAUAUUAUUUAGCUAAAAUACAGUAAACUCUUGCUGAAUCAGGAGUUAUAUCAUUUACACAUAAUACAUAUAGAGAAAUAGUGUUCUGCAAAGUUACCUUUCUAUGGGGGAAAAAGGGAGUUGGGUAUAGUUCAGAUUAAGAAAGCAGGUACAAUCUAUACAAAUCUAAAUAUUAUUGUAAUUAAAAGGGAAAAAUAAACCAACCAUAUAUUAAUUGAAAGGAUUUUUAUUACUGCUUAAUAAGCAGGUAAACAAUGCAAUCAUUUUUUAAAUAGCUUGUAAUUUUUGCUUGGGGCAAUGUUUGAAGCAACCCAUUAAAUGUUUUACUGCAAAGUUUUCAACAUCCCUCAUGUGCUUCUUUUUCUAGAAGUGCAUUGUAAUUUUUGUUAUCAUUUUAGAUUAUUACUUGAGCUCUUAUAUAUGUUAAAAUUAGCAUUUAACAACCUUUUUUUCCUUUAUUUUAUAUGAAAAUAUACUUAAAAAAUUGCUUAUCUUGUA